AUGGCAAUUAAAGAAUACCUUCUAUCAGUAAUUUUACUGUUGCUCCUUACUUUGGUUCCAUUCACAACCCAGUCGAAACAAAACGCUAACCCUUUCGGCUUCCUAAAGAGCUUAGAAGGUUGCAAGAAGGGCCAAAACGUAGAUGGUCUUCACCAGCUUAAAAUGUACCUCACAAAACUUGGGUACCUCAACAACCAUCAUGUUUCCCAAAAUGAGGUAACUACUAGCUUGACUAUUAAAGAAGAUAAUAAAUUAUUCGAUGAGAGCCUCGAGAAGGCAAUCAAAACGUACCAAAGGAAUUACAGGCUAAAUAUAACAGGACAUUUGGAUGGUGCCACAGUAAAACAGAUGAUGAAACCUCGAUGUGGGUGUGCGGACAUUGUCAACGGUAGGAAUACAAUGCAACACAAACACAACAAAACAUCCUUGUAUGUUCUUAAAGGGAGGAAGUGGCCAUCCUCAGAGUACGAACUAACGUUCCAAAUCCUGUCCAAGACCCUCGUACCCGGAGCCGGGAACAUGACAGUCGUAGUAACUGCUGCAUUGAACAAAUGGGCACAGGUUAGCCCGUUUCAGUUUCAGGAAGUGCCUGAGGACAGCAAGUCCAAUUUGGUUUUCGGGUUUUUCAAUGGCGAUCACGGGGAUGGACGCCCGUUUGACGGUCCUCUAGGAGUAUUGGGUCAUUCAUUUUAUCCUGAAGAUGGGCGGUCACAUUAUGAUGCAACGGAGGAUUGGAGCGAAGACCCGGGACCAAAUCAAUUUGAUCUAAACUCCGUUGUGCUACAUGAAAUCGGUCACCUUCUCGGACUUGCCCAUAGUGCAGACCCUAGUGCUGUGAUGCAUCCGGGUAUUGCACCUGGCGGAAGGCGGAGAGAGCUCCAACCAGACGACAUUCAAGGCAUUCAAGCCUUAUAUGGCCCAAACUAAAAGGAGUCGGU